GCAUGGACAAGUCCGAGUUCCCACGAUAGACGUACCUGUAGUAAAAUCACACCUGAGCUGAAAAAGACAAUGGUUCCUAAAAUAAUUAGAGGGUGAAGAAACUUGGAUGUUUAUUGAAUCAUGUGAUCCAGUUGUCAUGGAGAUAAAGAAUGAUGGGAUACCAUUCACCAGGCACUUUGAAGAAAAUACUUUCUGUUCUGGUUGUUUGUCUGUACAUAGGUUAUUCUGAAGAAUCAGUAGAAUGUAUGCAGAAAUGUUUCUGUAAAAUACCAGAUGUGCCGAGAGUGAAACGGCUGUACCAUUAUGGAUCUAGUGUUCCAAUAGUUCUGGAAGGCAGUGAUCGAUUGUCACAGAAUAUCACCAACUAUGUCUUGAAGAUUUUAUUGGAGGAGAUCAUUGGCUACAGUCAGAUUAGAAUCAACUACCAAUCAGGAGCAUUAUAUAAUACAUCAGAUGUCCUCAGAAGACUGGAUCCAUAUCAAGGAGAGGAUGGAAAUGAUGAAGCCAGAGCUAAGUUACCAGUAUCUAUGAUUAACCUGGAGGUACCAGUUCAAAAUGGUUAUGACACAAGUCCGUGGACCAGUACUGAUAGAAUACAAAAUGUGGGCUUUCUUGGACCAAAGGGGAGAUUAGGCUGGUUUGCUACCACACAUAUGGUUGAUGAGUUAUGGAGAUUAGGGAUCAUAUCAGACCACUGGAGGUCACUGUUUUCUAAGAGUGUGGCAGAAAAGUUUGCAUUGACUAGCGAGUAUGAGCAACUUAAGAAUCUGACAAUUAUAAACGACAUAACAAACAAGCAUUACUGUGAUAGUCCUAUUUGUGAGGAUGGUAUUUUUUAUGGCUAUGGUUGUCCCAAAACCAAUUUUUCUAAGUGUUCUACAUUGAUUACGUCUUUUCCAGAUUUUGAUAAUGGUGCUUUGAUAUCCCAGGUCAAAAGUCUCGGUCUUCCUGUUAAUGUUGUAUAUAUUGGUGACAAUUUUAAUGCUUUUGUACAGGACAGAUUAAAGAAAAGUCUUCCAGUUCUCUUCUUUGACAUUAAUCCAAGUAUCCUGACAUCGACAGAGAAUGUAACACGAAUAAAUUUUCCACUGUGCCAAAAGAACUCUUUCUUUUAUCCAAACAACUGUGAUUUUGAAGGAAAUCAAUACAAAAAAUUUGUAUGGACAAAGAUUCGCUAUAGUGCACCAGAAGUUUAUCAUGUGAUCUCAAAAAUGAAAUUUACUGAUGAGAUUUAUACUCAGCAGUUUAUUAAAAGAUACAAAUAUUAUGGAUCUACAGAAAAAGCGGCUUGUAGUUAUUUAAGAUACCACCAAGAUGAGUGGCAAAAAUGGAUCCCGCCAAAUUUAUCCAGUAAAAUUAAAGUAUCGUUACUUAGUUUCUUUCCCUUAUCUGGAUCUAGAUGGCGACAACCAGGACUAAUUCAGGGAGCUAAGCUUGCACUUGACAUUGUGAACAAAAAUCGUCAUAUAUUACCAAAUCAUGACUUAGAAAUGGUGGUUGUUGAUUCUCAGUGUCAGCCUGGUAUAGCAUUGAAAGAAUUCAUUAGAUAUGUUGGAAAACGAUCGGCUAUUCCUAUUGCAGGAGUUUUAGGUCCAGCAUGUUCAGAUGAAACAGAACCAAUUGCCUCAUUGUCCCGCCACUUUAACAUGUUAACUGUUAGUUAUGGUGCCGAGGCUUCAUCUUUAUCAAACAGAGUUAACUACCCUUUUUUCUUCCGAACUAUCCCAGAAGUUAGCCAUCACAAGUUUGUAUAUGAGAAAUUUUUCCAUGCGAUGAAUUGGAACCAGCUAGGUGCCAUGUCUGAAGGAGGACAAGAGUUACCAGAAUAUCAUCUUAUGCUCCAGGAAUAUCUCCAUCAGAGAGGUGUCUCUGUCAUUGUCAAACAUAACAUUCAGGGAACACUACAAAAUUCAGAUGUAUCAGAGAUAUUUGCUGAUUUGAGAUCAAAGAAUGUUAAAAUAAUAAUAGCAGACUUUUACAUGCCAGCAGCUAGAGCAGUCAUGUGUGAAGCUUGGAGACAGAGAAUGACAAGUCGAGAGGGUUAUGUUUGGUUUCUACCUUCCUGGUACCCUAAUGACUGGUGGGAUGUUGAUUUUUACAAUAGCUCACCUAAUCCAACAGAAUCACGUACCCAGGAGAAUGUACCUUGCUCAUCAGACAUGAUGAAGUAUGCUACAGAUGGAUAUUUUGUAUUAUCAAAGACAUUUUCUGAUUCAGACAACACUUUAAUUGUUGGGAACAUAACAGUUGGACAGUACAAACAGAUGUACGCUAAACGUGUUGGAGAAGCAGGAGUAGCAGGGAGUGCCUUUGCCAGUUAUGUUUAUGAUGCUGUGUGGGUUUAUGCUUAUGCCUUAGAUAAACUGUUCAAAAAUGAACCAGGAGCCUUGGAACUGAUUCAUUCCAAAUCUACAGCUCAGAAACUAGCAGACUAUGUGAACCAGACAGAUUUCCAUGGGGUAUCAGGACAUAUCAAGUUUAAUGGUAGUAACCGACCAGGAACUAUAAAUAUAUUACAACACUUCCACAAUGGAACACGACUUGUAGGACAAUUUAUGCCUGGUUUACAUGGAGGCAAACUACAAAUUGAUGAAACUAAGAUUCGCUGGUUAACAUCACAGGGUAAACGACCUUCAGAUGGUCAUAUAGAUGUUGAAGAAUGUGUAGUAGAAACUUUCCGGAGGGCUUUUGGAGUAACCUGUGAGAUGGCUAUAGUUAUUGCUAAUGUGAUUGGUUUUGGUGUCUUCCUCAUUCUGGUUGUAUUGGUGCUAGUUUUUAUAAAAUUCAGAUAUGAUGCCAAAAUGAGAAAAACACACGAAAGAAUGAAAGAAUUAGGUUUGCUUUCUCCUGACAUGUCUCCGUGUUUAUCUUUGGAUGAAUGGGAGAUGGCGAGAGACAAAGUUGUUGUGAACAGGAAAUUGGGAGAAGGAGCCUUUGGAACAGUAUUUGGUGGAGAAGCUUUCCUUGAUGGUCGUGGGUGGGUGGCUGUAGCAGUUAAAGCAUUAAAAAUCGGAGCCAGAGUUGAUGAAAAGAUUGAUUUCCUAAGUGAGGCAGAUAUUAUGAAGAGAUUCAAACAUCCAAAUAUUGUACAGUUACUAGGUGUGUGUACCAGAGGAGAACCUGUCUAUGCUGUUAUGGAGUACCAUCUGCAUGGUGAUUUGAAAACCUAUUUGUUAUCACGUAGGAAUUUAGUAGGAAGUGAUUGCAAAGAGGCAUUAGAUAUAAGUUCUGAAAGACUGACCAAAAUGGCAUUGGAUGUAGCCAGUGGUCUCAAAUAUAUGCAUGACUUGAAAUAUGUACAUAGAGAUUUGGCUUGUAGAAACUGCUUAGUUCAUUCCAACCUAACAGUGAAAAUAGGAGAUUUUGGAAUGACUAGACCAAUUAUAGAAUCUGAUUAUUACAGAUUUACCAAGAAAGGUAUGUUACCAGUUAGAUGGAUGUCACCUGAAAGUUUAUGGGAUGGACUGUUUACUUCAAAGUCUGACAUUUGGAGCUAUGGAGUACUGCUGUAUGAGAUUGUAACAUUUGGUAGUUUUCCAUACCAAGGUCUGACUAAUAACCAAGUUAUAGAAUAUGUGAAGAAUCAAAACAGACUAAUAUUACCUGGAAACUGUCCUGAAGAUAUAUACAGAUUUAUAUAUAAUUGUUUGGCAUCUGAAUCAAAGGAUCGUCUGGACUUACCAGAUAUCAUAAGGUUUCUGAAAGCAAACCCUUCAUUUUUGGAACCAUGUUUAGAUGCUCCAACUAACAGUGUUUAUCUUGCUGACGAUCUAGAUCCAAUAGAAUUUAAAUCAACGUCUUGUCAUUCAACGAUGACCAAAUCACAUUCCACUAAUUUUUUGAACUUUUUUAACCGUCUGUCUCAAAGUUCUCAGGACGCAAAACGUUUGAGUGGCGGAAGUCAAAGUAUAAAAUUGUUGACACCUACAAAAACAUUGGUGAAACCAGCAUUCAGUCCCUCAAGUCCUCAGGGAAGACAACGAAGCAACAGCAUUGGAACGCCACAGGCUCUUCAAAAAGACAAAUAUAGUGAUCAUUAUGAAGUCCCAGACAUUAGUCCAACAGGAUCCAUCUCAAAUAAAUCCCAUAGGCAUUCACAUGAAAUCCCCUCAUCCUUUUCACAAUGUCUUCCAUUACUUACAUCAAGUGAGAAAGGAGAUCGAGGCGAUGAGACCAGUGAUUAUUUUAGUGACAAUUCAAAAGAGCUUUGUCAAAAUUUAACAUUUGAAAUGUGUCAGACUAUUACCUCUGUAUGAUCUCAUACAUUAUAUAUAGUUAAUUAUAUCAGUAGAUUUGGUCCGUUUUUGUCAAAAUGUGAUUUUAUGAACAUUGUACUAAGUAAAUAAAAGUUAAGCAACAUCUAUUUUAAAACAAAAAAAUCUUGAAAUUUUUACGUUAUGCCACAUCCCUUUUUAAUACAAAAAAAAUUGAAAUUAAAAUUUUUUUUUUUUUUUUUUUUUUUAAUUGCAUUUAUGUCAAUUAAAAAAUGCACCUUAUCCUUUAUUUUCUUUUUUACAAUAAUUUUUUUUUUAUGUUUUGAAGUUUACGUAAUUUUUGAAAUACCAAAUUUUAAAUAAGUGUUUCUUAUUUUUUUUUUUUUACUCAGUAUUUUUAAUUAUCGGAGCCAGUUUCCCUGUUACAGAAAGUGAAAACAGUAUGACAGUUCCAAAAUUAAACAUACUUUAAGAAUAGUUGACAACUUCUAAGUGGUCAAAAGAGUCGUGAAUCUUCCUGUCAGAAAAUAAAAUUAGGCAUAUAUUGUUAGAUUACACAUCAAGGAACUAAAAAGCAUGUGCUGAUUGAUGCUGAUAAGGCCACACAAAAAUUUAAUUGUACUUCUUAAUUUUUUUGAAAUAAGAAAUGCAAGCAAGAUAAUAUUUUUUAAAAAUUUAUUUCAUGAAAAAGACUAUACGAGGGGGAAAACUAAUUAUGAUUUGGAAUUGAAAUUUUUAUAAGAUAUUUGUUAUUCAGCGAGAAAAAAUUUCAAAUUAAACUUAAUGAAAGCUUUCGUCUGUAAGUUUAUUUUUAUAU